GGUAGAGUUAUUACGGCUGGAUAGAGCAGGUGUGCGCUCACACCAGAACCUUCGCGAGUGGAUUUUGACGAUCAUUAGAGUGCUUUCCGUCCUGGUUCGCUUAUCCUGAGCCAUGGUGCAGCUCUUGCCCUCCAGUCCCAAAGAUGGGGAAGGGCAGAUGGGGAACCUCUCUGAGGAUUACAGACAUCACUGCCAGCAAGCCCUCAGCCCCCUGCAGUCCUCACUCUCGUCUGCCACCCCUUUCCAAGCCUAUGAAACCUACAUAGACAAUGGCUUGAUCUGCUUAAAGCACAAGAUCCGCAACAUUGAGAAAAAGAAGGUUAAACUAGAUGAUUACAGAGAUCGCUUAAGCAAUGGAGAGACCCUCAAUCAAGACCAGCAAGAAGCAGUUGAGAAGUACGAAGAAGUUAUUCAUAACUUGGAGUUUGCCAAAGAACUUCAAAACCUUCUCUGCACUGAGCCAAGAUCUUUUAAAAGCCCAGAAGAAAGCCCUGAGGAAGGAACACUUGCUGAAAGUUGAAGCUGAGAAGAAGCGAUUGAGGGCCAUCCUGCAGGUUCAGUACAUGCUUCAAGCCUUGCGCCACGACCAUGUGCAGAAAGACUUCAAGGAAGGAUCCAACGGGGCGGUGUGCCUCUCUUCCAAAGAAAUGGACCACCUCGUGAAGUUUGCCAAGUUAAGCUGCCAAAAGCAGUGUCACCACAUGAGUCUUGAAGACCAGAUGGAUCAGUCUUCAAUCUACUUCUGGAACCUGUUUGAAGGCAGUGAGAAAACAGUGGCUGGUACAACCUAUAAAUAUUUAAAGGAAUUGGCUACCAAGCUCCUGGACUGCGGCUAUUUUGAAAGUGUUCGAGAUCCCCCUGUAAUGAAGGCUAGGAAAGAGGAUAUUCCAGAAGUGCCUCCAACAAAGGUCGAAGCUGGGAAAGCUGCAAUAGAAGAACCAGAGCCUCCUGUGGAAUAUGCAAAAUGUACCAGUCGCCCUCAAGGGCUUCCAGUUAGGCACUUUGUAGCUCUAACUCCAAAACCAGAGCCAGCGAAGCAAAAUACAGACACGUAUAAAGCAACGGACAUGAAAUAUCAUUCAGCAUUGAAGCCCUGGGGGAUGUCUCCCAAUGUCAGACAUCCAGAACCAAGAAGAUGGCAGACUUCUCCUGUGCCAACUCCUCUGCCAUCCACUCUAUUGGGACCCAACCCAGCCCCAAUGCUGACCCCUCAGAUCAAACAGUGGGAAGCUAUGCCACCCAGGCUGAAGAAAUGUGACCCUGAUCCAAAAGAGGCAAAUAUACCUUCUAAAGUACAACCAUAUCAAAUGCGGAUGCGUGUGCCAAAAGUUCCUUCUGAGGUGGAACCAGUUGCUUCCAUAAAGCUGCUCAGUAAAGGUCUCACAGAUUUGAAGCCCCCAAAUGCUGUAAAUGGGCAACUUCCAAUGAAGAGAAGGGAAGUUCUUCCCACCAUUGUGGCUAAUGGGCAGCUGCCUCCAGCAGUGAACAAUACUCAGCCCCACAAGGUACCAUUGCUGGCUGUGGAUGAGUUCUGCUCUUCUCCAACUCUCCCAAAAGAUCCCAAGUUGAGGAAGCAGAGACUUGAAGAUCUUAUAGAUCAGAUAAAGGGAACAUACAACUUUAUGCAGGAUUCCAUGCUGGAUUUUGACAUGCCAUCUCAAAGACUCCUCUCUUCUCAGCUGCCCUGUGAAACUUCUGUAGUUUCCUCUGAACCAAAACAGAAUGAAAUUGACCCAGUUCUACAGCUGGAGGAGGCUUCCUCUGUAUCCCUGGACACACAGAAGGAUGGAGUCACCUGUGAGAUGUUGUCUGAACCAGAAAUAGCCGAACCAUUGGAACCAAAUCCAGAACUGGAAAAUCUGCCUGUUGCACCUCUUGAGGAGCAGAGUUGCCUGGUUGAGCAAAUCACUGAGGCCAGCCCAGACCUUCUUGAGACCCUACCAGAGAGGACCACUACUCCACUACCUCUGCUUAGUGACCAGCUACCCUCUCCAAAGACUCCCACCCACACAUCUGUUCUUCAGUUACAGCAGCAGUGCCCACCUUUGUCCCCAAGGCAUACACCAGUGUCAAUGAGUUCCCCUUUCCAAGGGAUGCAGACGGUCUUUAAGGUUAAUGCCCCUCUGCCUCUACGCAAAGAGCAAGAGCUGAAAGAGGAGCCUCCAUAUUCCACAGGGUAUCACCAAACCUUCACUACAGCAAGUACCCAAACACUUCCUCAAUGCAUGUUGGACACCAGCUUUGGAGAUCAGAACUCUUUCAUACAAGAACCAUUUCCAGGAAGCCCAUAUCCAUCAACUGGAAUACAGGUGAAUGGGAGCCUCCCAUGCUACACAUCCACUCCCAACCUCCUGCCGAGGAUGACCCCACCUUUUGUUAGCAGUCGGGGGACUGUCAGAGGAACAAACAGAGGGAGGGUAAUAACUAAUGGGUAUCGUUGCCCAACUGGGUAUAAAGGUCCAGAAAGUUACAGAGGGACUCAGUGUGUAAACAAUGGAAACUACGUUCAUGCCCAUUGUCCAGGCCGGGAGUAUCCUGCCACACCGUUUAUAUCCAGGGACGGAAGCUCAAAUCUCCAUAAACAAAGAACCAAUGCUAUUACCCGUACCAGUUCAAGAGGUUUUAGCGAAUCUUCUCAGAUGAACAGCCCAGAGAAGGAAGACAGCUUCAACAGCAUAGAUUCAGGGCUUGGCGAAACACGCAGCCUCACUUCUCUGGAUAUGUCUAUGACAAGUCAAGCAGCGACCAUCCUGCCAGUCCAUGUCUAUCCUCUCCCUCAGCAAAUGAGAGUGGCUUUCUCUGCAGCCAGAACAUCCAACUUUGCCCCAGGCACCCUAGAUCAGCCAAUCGUGUUUGACCUGCUGCUGAACAACCUUGGCGACACGUUUGACUUCCAAGUCGGGCGAUUCAUGUGUCCAGUGAAUGGAACCUAUGUUUUCAUCUUCCACAUGCUAAAGCUAGCUGUGAAUGUUCCGUUGUAUGUUAACCUCAUGAAGAAUGAGGAAGUGCUUGUGUCUGCUUAUGCCAAUGAUGGUGCCCCAGACCAUGAGACUGCAAGCAAUCAUGCAGUCCUACAGCUCUUCCAAGGAGACCAGAUAUGGCUUCGCCUACACAGGGGAGCCAUUUAUGGCAGCAGCUGGAAAUACUCCACAUUUUCUGGUUACCUUCUUUACCAGGACUAAGUUUACAGGUGGAGCUUUCAGAUGGGAACCAAUCCAAACCCAUCUAUACCUGAACUAGUUCAUAGUUAUCGAUUUACUCUUGCACUUAUUUGAUUAAAAUUUCACUACUUCUUGACUUUUCUAAUGUGACAUAUCUAAAUGCUGCUUCAUCUUGACAAAGUCUGUGGUUUAAAUAAACACUGAAUCAUAUUAAUGCA